AUGACUGAGCGAGAGUUACAUCCAUCUGUUGCGCAACGCAUCGUCAUAAAAUUUUUAACAAAUGAAGGUGUUAAGCCUUCGGAAAUUUCUACUCGUUUGCAGGCACAGUUUGGGGAUACUACUCUGUCUCAAAAUCGAGUGUAUACGUGGGCCAGAGAAUUUAGGGUUGGCCGAGAACGUGUUGAAAACGAAAGUCACGGUCGACGCCCAAGGUCAAGUCUUACAGAUGACAACAUUAGUGCGGUUCGACAGCUUAUUGAAGGUGAUCGCCGGUUAACUGUUCAAGAAAUCUCGUCGGAAAUUGGUAUCAGCUACGGGAGUAUUCAGUCUGCAAUCACAGACCACCUUGGCAUCAGAAAAAUUUGUGCUCGCUGGGUUCCGAGGUUGUUGACCGGAAAUCAAAAACAGGUCAGGUCGGAGAUUGCUGGGAGACUUCUGUAA